AUGGAUACUGUAUUGAAAUCACUUGUUCAGCUACUUCUGAUCACAGGAUGGAUUAACUAUUCACAGAGUCAAUUGAAUUAUUGUCUAAAAUCCGUCGGAUGUUAUGAUGAUGAAUGCUGUUUUAAUAUUAUACCUAAAACUGGUCCUGUAUGUGAUCCGAUCCCCGGUUGUGCAGCUUAUUUUCAACCAGAGUGUUGUAGAAAUGCAAGACCAGUGCAUACAGAUUAUGGCAUUAUGUAUGGUUAUGCAAUUUCACUGGAUAGUGAAUAUGGUUAUCAGGAGAAUGCAAGAAGUUAUCUUCAAAUUUGGAAGGGUAUUCCGUAUGCACGUCCACCGACAAGGGAGAAUAAUUUAAGAUUUCGUCGGCCUGUACAACCAGCCCUGUCUACAGAGAAAUAUGAUGCAACACACUUUCGUUCAGCUUGUUCUCAGCCAAGUUUAAGUCCACGCAAUGAAGAAGCCUCAAAUAUCAGUGAAGAUUGUCUUUAUCUUAAUAUAUACAAUUUAAAAGUGUCAGACACUUCAACUACAACUAAUUUUAUCAAUGGCAAUCAAAAGAGAUAUCCAAUAAUUGUAUUUUUCGAUGGUGUAGAUCAUUUAACCGGAUCAGCAAAUCGUUAUCCUGGACAUGCUUUAGCUCAAUUAGGAUUAGUCGUUGUUACAGUCAAUUACCGUCUAGGUCCAUUUGGUUAUCUUUCCAAUAAAGUUCAAAGCCAAGAAGGUGAAUACAAGGAUGACAAUGAUGAGAUAUUAUUGGGAAAUUAUGGAUUAUGGGAUCAAGUUAGAGCUUUAGAAUUUAUAAGGGAACAUGCAGAGAAAUUCCUCGGUGAUCCUAACCAAAUUACUGUGGUGGGUCAUGGUUCAGCUGCAGCUGAUAUUGCACUUCAUCUUCUGUCAGAGAAAUCAGGUCGGAGAGGUCCACCAUUGUUUCAUCGUGCUAUUUUGAUGUCUGGAUCAGAUCAGAUGGAGGGAGGUUUUGUACAAAAUAUAGAUGAAUCAGAAGAGUAUGCUAAACAGUUUGCCUAUCAGGUUGGAUGUGAUACUUCAUCAAGACGUUCAAUGAUUAAUUGUUUACGAUCUCGUACUGCCGUGGAACUUUCAAAUUCUGCUAGUCAAACAAGAGUUCAUAGACCAAAUUGGCUAACAAAACCAUGGGCACCAAAUUUAGACUAUGAUUUUAUUCAAGAUAUGCCAAGUUAUCUAUGGAAAAAUGGUCAUUAUGCUCAUAUACCGGUCAUUGCAGGUUUAGUGGUGGAUGAUGGAGUUUUUCAUGCACUAGCUUCAAUUUAUCAGAUAGGCAGUCCUUCAGACUGGAAUUUUAUCAGUCAAACAAAUCGACUGGAUACAGAUUCAAAUUUACCCAAUCCAAAUGUUGAGUUUUCUGGUAUGUCAGUUGAUCUCAUGCGUGCUGGUUUUAUGGAAAUGGUGAAACGUGAUUUUUCACUGGAUCCGGUUGGCAUGACUGAUGCACUUUGCUUUUAUUAUACCUAUUGGCCUGAUAAAGAUAAUUCAAUGAUACGAUGGGAAAUGUAUCAUUCAGCUUGGACAGAUCGAUUUAUCGGUUCAGGUGUGAUUGAAACGCUCAGGUAUCAUUCACAUCCAAAGUUUGCAGAGAAAAAGUUUGAUCCAGUAAACAAUCAGUAUCUUCCAGUAAAUCGUACUCAGAUGUAUGUAUUUGGUUACAGAUCGGACAGUGAUGUAUGGGCGAGAAUAAUUGGUGCCUAUCCUGGCUCAGAACUACAAUACAUGUUUGGAUUACCUUUAUUAGUAUUAUAUAAAUCUCAAGAAAGUGUGAAAGAAGAAUGGCCAACUGAUCUGGGCCUUAAACCUCCCCGAUAUGCGUACAAUGAAGUGGAUGUGAAAAUGGCCGGUUAUAUGCUUUCAUUUAUAUCAAAUUUUGCUAAAAGUUCCAAUGCUACACCCCAAUCAAUUCGUAAUCUCACAUGGGAUACAUUCCGAAUAGAGAAUGCCACAUAUUUAUGGUUAAAUUUAACUCUGAAUAAUACCUUGUCAGAAAGUCAUCGUCCAGAUUUAGAAAUUCAAGGGAUUGGAGCUGGUUUUGAUUUAAGACAAAACUAUAAAUUUAAUAGUUAUGCUUACUGGCGUCAUUUUUAUCCUAAACAACUUUUAUGGUUACCAAGAUUUUCAUUGCCAACACCUUUACCGAUUGAUUUGGAAGACUAUCGUUUAGCUUCAUUCUUUCUUGCUGACGUAAUGUGA